AUGGUAAGAUUUUCGAAGGAAAGUUCUAGUGAAUGUGAGGAUUCUUUAGAGAGUCAGCAGGAAAACCAUGAGAAACAUUUAACACAAGAGGCUGUCACUCUCACUCAGAAAUCUUCUAGGGAGAGAAGCUACCAAUUUGAUGAAUUUAGAAGAAAUUGCACUCAGAGGUCCUUACUUGUUCAGCAGCAAGGAGAGAGACUACAUCAUUGUGAUUCAUUUAAAAAUAACUUAAAACAAAAUUCAGAUAUAAUUAGGCAUGAGAGAAUUUGUGCAGGAAAGAAACCUUGGAAAUGCAAUGAGUGUGAGAAAGCCUUCAGUUACUACUCAGCUUUUGUCCUUCAUCAGAGAAUUCACACGGGAGAAAAACCCUAUGAAUGUAACGAAUGUGGUAAAGCCUUUAGCCAGAGCAUACACCUUACUCUGCACCAGAGAAUUCAUACUGGAGAGAAACCCUAUGAAUGUCAUGAGUGUGGGAAAGCCUUCAGUCACCGCUCAGCCCUUAUUCGGCAUCAUAUAAUUCAUACUGGAGAAAAACCCUAUGAAUGCAAUGAAUGCGGGAAGGCCUUUAAUCAGAGUUCAUACCUCACUCAACAUCAGCGAAUUCAUACUGGAGAGAAACCUUAUGAGUGUAAUGAAUGUGGGAAGGCCUUCAGCCAAAGCACAUUCCUUACCCAGCAUCAGGUCAUUCACACUGGAGAGAAACCUUAUAAGUGUAACGAAUGUGGCAAAGCCUUUAGUGAUCGGUCAGGUCUUAUUCAGCACCAGAGAACUCAUACUGGGGAGCGGCCUUAUGAGUGUAACGAAUGUGGGAAAGCCUUUGGCUACUGCUCAGCCCUGACUCAGCACCAGAGAACUCACACUGGGGAGAAACCCUAUAAAUGCAAUGAUUGUGCCAAAGCCUUCAGUGACCGCUCAGCCCUUAUUCGUCAUCAGAGAACACACACUGGAGAGAAACCUUACAAAUGUAAAGAUUGUGGAAAAGCAUUCAGCCAGAGCUCAUCUCUUACAAAGCAUCAGAAAACUCACACUGGAGAAAAGCCCUACAACUGUAAGGAAUGUGGAAAAGCCUUCAGCCAGAGUUCGUCCCUCUCUCAACAUCAGAAAACUCAUGCUGGAGUGAAAACCAAGAAAUAUGUCCAAGCCUUUAGUGAGCAUUUAGCCUUUGGCCAACACAAGAGAAUUCAUACUGGAUAAAGACCAUGGAAAUAUGGUACAUUCAGAGCAUACUUAUUGAGCAUUUACCAUACUUGCUGUGGGAGUCUACAAAGAAAUUUAAGACUGUUGCAAAAAAGUUAUUGACAAGUCAUUGCUGUUGUGGGAUGUAGCAUGAUUAGACUGUGAAAGUAUAGUUUUACAUUUUUAAAAGUGUUCUGGCAGAGGACACUGAAUUUCCCUCAGGAAAGAGGAAAAUUAUUUGUAACACCCUAAUGUGUAUGUAAAUUACCAUAUCCUUGGGAGAGAAAUGGGGUGUGCCAUGGUGGAAACGGGACAUCUUGACUGUGCCAACAAUGUAUGAAGAAGGUGUUUUCCCACCAGCAAUGUUUGAAGAAGGUGUUUUCCCACCAGCAAUGUAUGAAGAUAAUUUGCCAACACCUGGUAUUCUCAUUGUUUUUAUUUUAUCCAUUCUAGUAGAUGUGUAGUGGUAUCUCAUUGUGGCUUCAAUUUGCAUUUCCUUAAUGACAUGAUGUUGAGCAUCUUUUCAUGUGCUUAUUAUCCAUCUGUGUAUCUUUGAUGAAGUGUUCAAAUCUUUUGCCAUUUUAAAAGAGUUAUAUUGUUUGUUUUCCUAGUUUAA